CUGCAAGUGCGGAAGUAGAUGCUAGUCUACCCUCUCCUCCCCCGCACAGGCAGACGAGGAUAAGGCACAUCUACUUGCACCGCACUCCUCGCCCGUGCCACUGGCGGUACCGUUUCAGCAAUCAGUCUGUCACAUCCAUACAUCUCCAGCACCCACACUCUCGAUCAUCCGGCUCACUUGGCCCACUACAAAGAUGGCGUCUGAUCAUGACGCCGUCCAGGGCAACUUCGAAGUCAACAAACAAUGUAGAGAUAGCGAAGAACAAGAUGAAGCAACCUAUGCCGACAUCACCCUCUCCGCAGUCUUGUCUCUCUUCCCUCGGUCUCCCAUCUCCCGCGCAUCCGUACACGCUUUACCCGAGCUGAUUGCAGCAUUCGUUCACGUCUUCAUCCUCCUGCCCCUCUCCCUCGGUCUCGCAGUCACCAGCCACGUCUUUCUCAAUCGCUCCAUGUGGGCCAGGGGAGGUGGUCCACCUCGCCUCUCCUUCCCCGUGCGCCGAGCUCGCAACUGGUCGCUCCGCGAUACUGCCUCGGUCGCAGUCGUCUCACACCUCCUACCAGCAUUCACUAGACUGUCCCGUACUCAUCUCUGCCCGUCAGCCGAGAAGCUCAUUCCGUACUUUUCGCAGAGCCUCUUCGGCGUCAAGCAUCAGGGCUGGUCCAUUGGGGGCAUAUCCAUCACAUUGGAGGCGCUUCCAUCCGAAGUAGCAGUGACGGUACCUUCGCGCGCUUCUCAGACCAAUGGCAAGACUUCUCGCAGGGACGAACUACUUUCACGUAGUGCCGUCUUCAUCUGGAAGAGCCAAGCAAGCAAUGUACACCACCACGCUGUACAGUCCUUCAAGCCAGCCGUUUCCUGCGGCGGUAUCGGAGCAGGAGCAGCCAGGAAGGAUGAGCGGGUGAUACUGCUGUUGUCCGGGGCCAGCUACGCAGAUCGUGACCCCGUCGCGGGGCUCUUGGCCUGCAAUCUCGUCAAUCUCUCUGGUCUACGAACGCUUUGCGUCAACUGGCGCAAGCCAGUACCCUACUCCAGCGCUGGAGAGGGAGCUUUCCCCGCCGGCCUCAACGACGCUCUGCAGGCAUACGUUCACCUCGUGCGAACUCUCGGCUUCAAGCCAGAGAAUAUUUGUCUCACAGCCGAAGGCAGCGGAGCGGGCGUGGCGAUGGGAUUGAUGAUAUGGUUGAGCGCUCUGGCCAACGAUGGCAAAGGCGUCGACCUUGGUCGGCCUGGCAAGGUCAUAUUGUGGACACCCUGGUGCGACCUGACAAUGAGGAGUCCCACAUGGCAGACGAAUGCUGCCUUCGACAUCAUCUCGCCUCGUCUCUCUCGCGAAGCAAGGGGCUUCUACACCUCCUCUGCCCUUCCAGUCAGCGGCAGCAGUGUCUCUCCGAGUGCGUCAUAUCGCCUCUCUAAACUCCCUCGCGUGCCCUCUCAACAAGACUCAGACUCUGGAAUCGAGCUCGACUCGUCGUCCUCGAUGUCUCCUUCGCUGGAAGAUGAGUAUGCGCCUGCUGGGUCGUACGAUCAGCAGAAGUCCCUUGCCAAGCGUCUGUCAACACAGCCUCGCGAGAAAGCAAAGACUCUUCUGUCCUGCAUACCUUCACUUGGUUUGGAGCAUCCUCUCCUCAGUCCCGGUCUACCCAUUGACGAUUCACGACCGUUCAAUACGGCUAUUCUCUCUCUCUUGGGUAGAUCUACCGCCCCUUUCGGACCAUCUACAAUUCCAGCCACGAGGUAUCUCAUCUUCUGCGGAAAAGACUCCGUCUUUUGCGGUGAAGCAGCCUCCCUCUCCCGCAACCUCGACUCUGUCGCCAAGGCCCAAUCCGUACAGACCCAGGAACGAAAGCGCGCCGCCGGCUCAAACCGAUCACUAGAGGUUUCGCUGUUGGAGGCGAUUGAUACGCCCACACACUUCAAUGUACUCCCGUCGACGUUCAUGCCCCGGGCGCAGGAAAAAGUGGAUGAAGUCGUUCGAGGCUGGCUGCUUGGAGACCUCGCCUGACCGUGAUGUCUCACUUGUGCUCGUGUCUGGACUUUCUGUUAUAUACCCCAUGUCGUUAGUGGUGUCAAGCUCGCCCGCCGAAGCACCUCUACUCGUACUGUCUCUUCUUGUCGUCUUCGCAUCUAGAUCUUGUGUCUUUGGAUGUAUCGCAUUGCACUACAUAAUCACAUAUUACAUUACAA